AUGCCCACCAGCUGCCCCAGACUAAUGCUGUUUCUCCUCUCAGGUGCGAGGAAGUGGCUGGAGUGGAGGAAGGAGGUUGAGCUGCUCUCAGAUGUGGCCUACUUUGGCCUCACCACACUUGCAGGCUACCAGACCCUGGGGGAGGAGUACGUCAGCAUCGUCCAGGUGGACCCGUCACAGACACGUGUGCCCUCCUGGCUGCGCCGUGGCGUGCUGGUGACGCUGCAUGCCGUCCUGCCCUACCUGCUGGACAAGGUCCUGCUCCCCCUAGAGCAGGAGUUGCAGGCUGAUCCUGACAGUGGGCGGCCUUCGCAGGGGAGCCUGGUGCCAGGCGGGCGUGGCUGCUCAGGGGUGCGGCGCUGGGUGCGGCGCCACACGGCCACCCUGACUGAGCAACAGAGGAGGGCGCUGCUGCGGGCGGCCUUCGUCCUCAGACAGGGCCUCGCCUGCCUCCAGCGGCUACAUGUUGCCUGGUUUUACAUCCACGGUGUCUUCUACCACCUGGCCAAGAGGCUCACGGGGAUCACGUACCUCCGUGUCCGCAGCCUGCCCGGAGAGGACCUGAGGGCCCGUGUUAGCUACAGGCUGCUGGGGGUCGUCUCACUGCUGCACCUGGUGCUGUCCGUGGGGCUGCAGCUGUAUGGCUUCAGGCAGCGGCAGCGAGCCAGGAAGGAGUGGAGGCUGCACCGCGGCCUGUCUCACCGCAGGGGCUCCCUGGAGGAGAGAGCGGUUUCCAGAAACCCCCUGUGCACCCUGUGCCUGGAGGAGCGCAGGCACCCGACAGCCACGCCCUGCGGCCACCUGUUCUGCUGGGAGUGCAUCACCGCGUGGUGCAGCAGCAAGGCGGAGUGUCCCCUCUGCCGGGAGAAGUUCCCUCCGCAGAAGCUCAUCUACCUUCGGCACUACCGCUGAGCCGGCGCCCAGGUGGGCCUGGACACAGAUGACUUCUACGGAAGUCUGAACGCAAGAUUUUAGUCUCAAGAUGAACCCUACUUGCACAGAAAUUAGAACAUUCUCACAGGUUUUCUAUCAUGUAAGAUACUAACCCAGCCACCCCGGGAGAGAACAGAAAGCUGUCCCUGACUGUGCUUUCUCAGCCCUGGGAGGGGCGCUAACCCCAACCUGGCAUGACUCAGCCACUUCUUCAGGAAUUUCACUUAUUUGGACAGGAUUUUAGGUUUCCCUCCCUUCCCCAAACCAUACAGUUGAGAAGUAAUUGAGAAGUAGGUCAGAAGACACUUUAUUCAUUUAUAUUGUGAGAAAAUGGUUCCAUCAGGCUUGUGUUAAGGCAAUGGACUGAAUGAGUGCAUGUUGAGUUGGGAGGGGGCACGGGGGGCUGGCGGUUUGCUUCAGCCAGUGUGGUCAGAACAGCAGCCCCACGGCCCCCAUCGGAGGCGGUCAGGCUCGCCCCCAGAGUAGCUGGGCAGAG